CGCCGUCAAAAAUUCCGAGGCGCCUCGGACAACGAUGACACCCCAAGGACUCCUUAGGAUGACGGCGCUGCUUGUGGCCGCUUUGUGCGCUCAUGCCAAGACGAUCUUGCAUAUUUCGGACGUACACCUCAACAUCACGCUCGAAUCGAUAGAAUACGGCCACGACACUAGUCCACGGCUGUUUGCCUCUGCCUUGGCAUACGCGAAAGGUGUGCUACAAGACCCAGAUCUUCUCUUGUACACGGGCGAUGCCGUCGCUCACGUGAAGCACAACGAAUCUAUCCUUGCCAAGAGUGUCGAAACAGGGUUCAACAUGGUGCAAGACAGCUUCCAUUUGAAGAACGUCACGGCCAUCCUUGGCAACGCCGACUGUCUGCACGACUAUGAGUUUUACAUCACCGACACCGAAGAGACGAACCCGACCAUCGGCAUGGUGGAUGCUCCGUGGAAGCAAGCACUCAGUCCGUCGCACUUUAAAGAAUUUGAUACCCGGGGGUACCUGUGGUACACGAUCGAGCCCAAGCUCGUCUUGAUCUCCCUCAACACUGUACCGUACUCGAUCAAGCAUUCGCCAAACACCAAGCAUUUGAACGACCCGUUCGGUCAAUUUGCGUGGUUGCGGGCAACCCUCCAUGAAGUUGAGGCGAACGGAUCGUAUGCGUACAUUGCUGGCCACAUUCCGCCUAUCAUCGAUUCGUACGGGGGGGAAUCGCAGUGGGAGCUCAAGUACCUCCUAUCGUACAAGGCAAUCGUUCGGGAUUUUCCCAGUAUCAUCAAAGCUCAGCUCUUUGGCCAUGUCCACUCUGUUGAAUUCCGUGUGCCUGUGGAAACGGUGGUGGGCGGGUCGCCAGUCGGCGUGCCGCUGUUUGCAUCGGGUGCCAUCUCGCCCAUGUUUGGCAACAAUCCUUCGUUCACGAUCUGGGAAUACAACGAGGAUACGUUCGACAUCGAGGACUUCUCCGUGUACGCGACCAACUUGACGACGUCCGAUGCGACCGCCCUUGCGUGGAAAAAGGUCUUCUCCGCCAAGGCUGCGUACAACCUGACGACCCUCUCCAGCUCCGCAUUGCAUCAACUCACCCACCGGAUGAAGGCGGACGACAACCUCUUGAAUGAGUACUAUCGCCAUUCAAAAGCCGAUUCGCAGCACCUUCCCGUGUGUGUCACAACCUCGUGCCUCGACCGAGUCCUGUGCACUCAAAUCUGGUUCGAUACCGAGGACCAGUUCCUGCAAUGCGUCGACACCCGAGCUGCGGAGCGAGCGGGAAUCCCUAGCUGGCUCCAUCCCUUCCCACACAGUUCCUGGGUGUGGUCGUUUGUGCUGUGGGCAACGGUGAUCGCGGUCGCCGGCGGAUCUGCUGCCUUCUUCGUACUCCGCGCACAUCGGCGCUCCAAGUACCAGACCAUUCAUGGAGCCACAGCGUUCGAGCCGUAGUUGUCAAACUUUGUAGAGGUAGUUGCUUGAGCUGCACGAGGUUGGCCAGUGCUGCGUGCACCAAACUAGAAGUCUAGCUCGUAAAAAUCAGCUAUCGCCAACGUCGUCGCACUACGUAUGGUGGCCCAGCUGCACUUCGACGACCCCAACCAAAGAGUCCAGGGAGAUGCCCUGCACAUGCCCUCGCUAUCCCCAGACAUACGUUUGCACUGCAGACGUUCAACUGGUUCGAUUUUGCGUUGUGCUUCUGGUCGUACGUGGCGUCACUGCUGCGUUCGUUCGCCGUACUCGGAGUAGAAGUUGGCGACGGCAGUCGACGACUUGGACGCAUCCGCCGGGUCGAACCAGAGGCGGCACUUGUUGUACGGUGGCGAGUACAAGUGCAAUGUGAUCGCGUCGACGUCGGUGCUGGGGUUGCCAAUCUUGUGGAGGCCGAGCGAGUCGUCCAUGUAUGACACGCCGGACGUGAUGAGCGUGUUGGACGUUUCGAUGAGUUUCUCGCCGUCGUUCCAGUACCGAACUUCGUUGAGGGUGCCUUGGAUGUGGCGCACCCAGCACCCAUCGGACGGGUGGUCGUGGAUCGGGCUGUACUUUCCUCGAUUCCAGCACAGCAACAUGAGUGCGUACGACGUGUUGUCGGUGGAGAUCAAGUUGCGUGUGUAGUUUCGGGACGGGUCAAAGUGGGCGUAGCGUUCAAGGGCAUCCAUGCUCCCGUCAAAGUCGUGCAGGGCUUGCUUGAUGUCGUCCUUCUUGUGGAAAGGGAUGCCGUCUCUGACGUGGGUUUCCGUGUCGAUGAUGGCCACAAGCUCUUGGAGCGUGAGGGCUUUGCGUCGAGUCGUCCCGAGCUUGACGCUGUCAAUCUUUGCCCGCGAUACGUCACGCGGCGCUUCCUCGAUAGCCAUGCAGCCAUCGCGGCUGACGCUGGAGCGGCUGAUCAUCGGUGUAUCGAGGGGUUGCACCAGACUAAGUACAAGUGAUGGGUCCCCAGUCGCACGACGCUUUGUCGCGACUGUCGGUUUCGCUUGCAUGGCCGUUCCCAAGUAUAUUGUCUAUGUGUACAACGCCCACGAGUCGCGACGCUUCUGCAGCGACGUGAGCUGAAGGAGUCCUCUACACUUCGAAACACCUUAAUUCGUCCACAGCAUCGCUCGGAGCAAAGUCCAUGCACGCAAACCUUUCGUCGACAUACCGCGCGGGAUGGCGAGCGGCC